AUGUCCCAAAUAUUUCAAAAUGGAAGUAGCGAAUCUUCUUCGCUAGUAGCACCAUUACCAACUAAUUUAUCUACUACUUCAGAAAAGUCUAUAGAUUUUUCUUCAUUUUUAGCAAAAGAAUUUGAUGUUAAAGCAUGGAUAAAUGACGCUCUUUCUUGUGCAAAUUUAAAUUCUUCCCUACCUUCACAUUCUUCUAAUUCGGCUUCUACUGAUAAUAUUGAUGAGACUGUCAAGUCUGAUAAUAAAUCUACUCAUGAUAUUUCUUCUAUUAAUGAAUUACAAUCAUUAGAAUAUCAUUCUGCUGCUUUGGUAGAAAAACUUCAAUUUUUAAAUCAAGAAAUUUCUCUUCGUUUAGAAAAAACUAUUGAUGAUGUGGUUAAAGGGAUUCCAAAUAUAAUGUCCGAUCUUCAAAUAAUGUCUCAAGAUGUUGUUAAUCUAAAACAAGGUGUUCUUCAUGUAAAAUCUAAUCUUACUACUAUCGAUGAAAAUUCUGGUAAAGCUUUGGAACGUUUGAAAUAUCUUGAUCUAGUUAAAUCUCGUAUGGAAAGUUCUAGAGAUUUAUUAAGAGAAGCUGAAAAUUGGAAUAAUUUAGAAGCUGAAGCUAGUACUAUUUUUGCUUCUCAAGAUUAUCAAAAAGCUAGUAUGAGAUUACAAGAUGCUGAAAAAAGUUUGAUAAUAUUUCAAAAUACUCCGGAAUAUGAUGAACGAAGAAAGUUAUUAACUGAACUUCAAAAUCAACUUGAAGCUACUGUUAGUCCACAAUUGGUUGCUGCGUUAAGUCAACAUGAUACUAGUGCUUGUCAAAAGUAUUAUAUUAUAUUCUGUCAAAUUGGAAGGAAAAAAGAAUUUUGUAAUUAUUAUUAUGGUUCAAGGAAGGCUCCUCUCGUCAAAAUGUGGCAAAAUACUGCUUUAAUUGAAGAUAAUCAAUCUCAAGUAACUCAAACUACUACAACUUCCGUUGUCUCUUUUCAAGAUCAACAACCUUUAUCUCCAAAAUCUCCUUCUCAACCCCAAUUUCGAAAGAAAUUUGUUGAUUUUUUAAAAGACUUUUUACAAGAACUAUACGUCGUUUUAAAUGAAGAAUAUACUUGGUGUGGUAAUGUAUUUCCGGAUAACAAUGAGACUUUAGUAGCGUUAAUUGAAAACAUUUUUAAUUCCUUGAAACCUUCAUUGGGUGCUAGAUUAGCAAUGUUGGUUAAUUAUUAUAAUGAACAAUGUUUACCCGAAAUUAUUAAUGCUUUUAUGAUAACUGAAGAUUUUGGUAGACAAAUGGAAAGAGUUUUAUUUAAUCAUAUUCAAAUUGGUUCUGCUAUUGGUCGUGUUUCAACUAAUUCUUCUGGAACAAAUCUUGGUUCAAAACCUUUUUCAAAAGGAAGUUUAGUUACUUGGGGAAAUGUUGUUUUUGAACCUUUUUCUGAAUAUCAACAUGAUUAUUCGGAAUUUGAAAAAAAUUUUUUAAUUAAUGAACUUAAAAGAAUUCUUCAAAAAAAACGUGAUUCUAAUUCCAUUGAUUUGGCUAGAGUUAUGGCUGAAAAUAUUGGGAAAAUUUUUUCCAUGGCUAAUGAUGGGUUACAACGUUGUAUGACUCUUACUCAUGGUUUUGCUGGCGUUGGUUUAGUUGAUACGUUAAAUCAUUUCUUCAUUUCAUUUGUUAAAGAAUAUCAACAAUUAUUGGAUCUGUUAAGAAUUGAUUGUGGAUUGGUUAAUACUAAUUCUAAAUAUGAGAUCACUACAACUACUCAAAAAAAAUCUGCUUCGAAUGAUUAUUUUGAUUUCGAUCAAGAUAAAUUACAACAAGAAGAUUGGUCAAAUUUUCAAAUUGGAUUAAGAUUAUUGGCUACUUGUAAAUCGGCUUUUGAUAAAUUAAUUACUUUCGAGGAAACUUUAAGGGUAACUUUGAUUAGUGUCAGAGAAUUAAUUGAACAAGAUUUAGGUAAUGAAGAUUUGGAAUGGUAUGAAAGAAGAUCUAAUGCGUCAAUUAACGAUUCAAUGGGCUUAAGUUCUAUCGGAACACAAUCCUCAAUAUUAUUAUUAAAACAAUCAUUGCUUAAUAGUUAUCAACUCGUUUCAUUAAUUCCAAAUAUUGAAUCAAAAGGCAUUGAUCCGAAAUUAUUAUCUCCUGCUCAAAAAUCAAUGGAAACUUUUAUAAGGCAAUCUCAACGUUUCGUUUUUGAUACAAUAUUCAUACCAAUAGUAAAACAUCUUUCUAAUUUACCUAUGAUGGAAAUUUGGUGCGCCGCUGCUGAACCUGCUCAAGUCUCUCCAUUUAAUUUAGAAAUACCUACAUUUUCUUUGAGUCCAAGUGAAUAUAUUACAAGAAUUGGCGAACAUCUAUUAACUUUACCACAACAAUUUGAGGUUUAUGCUGAUGAUGAAAGUUUAGCUUUUAGUAUAAAAUCAUUACCUUUUUGUGACGAAGUUGAAGGAAAAGAAGAUAAUAGUGGUGUUGUUGUUGGAAAGAAAGAUGAAAGUACAUCUAGUGCACAAGGUUUCGAGGUUAAUGAGGCCAGUUCAAAAACUUCUACAACGUCUUCAAUUAAAAUUGCAAGUGAAAGUACUGUGUCGCUUAUUGAUUCUUCUAUCAUUCAACAACCCCAGCCCACAACUGAGGACAUUUCAACUGAAGAA